AUGACAGAUCCGAGAUUACUCUUAGAGAAAGCUAAUAAAAAAUCUGCAAGUCAUGGUGGAUUUUUAUCACUUUUUGGUGGCAAUAACUAUGGAGAAGCAGCAGAGUUAUAUCUUGCAGCAGCAAAUGCAUUCCGUUUACAAAAACAAGGCAGAGAAGCAGGAGAAGCACUCGAGAAAGCUGCAUCAAUGCAGUUAAAAAUUGAUGAGAAAGAUGAGGCGGCAAAUACACUUGUUGAGGCUUAUAAAGUAUACAGAAAGACAAAUCCAGAAGGUCUGAAUAUGGCUCGUGUUAUUGAGACUGCAAUCCAAAUGUUCACUUAUCGGGGAAAUUUUAGAAGAGCAGCCGGAUAUAAAAUGGAUGUGGCAGCUUUGUAUGAAACAGAGCUAAUGGAUAUGCAAAAAGCUCUUGAAAGCUAUGACGAAGCAGGGGAAUGGUAUUCUAAUGACCAGGCUGAAGCCCUCUCUAGCAAGGCUUACUUAAAAGUUGCAGAACUUGCUGCAUUGGAAGAACAAUAUUCUUUAGCAAUUCAAAAAUUCGAAGAAGUUGCUCGAAAAAGUAUUAAUAAUAACCUUACGAAAUGGAGUGUAAAAGAUUAUUUUUUAAAAGCAGGAAUAUGUCAUUUUAAUUCAGGGGAUAUGAUCGCUGCACGAAGAGCUCUUGAACAUUAUAUUGAUUUGGACUUAACAUUUCAAUCAACUCGUGAAUAUAAACUUUUGGAAGAUAUUUUACAUGCCAUUGAAUCAGGUGAUUCUGAUUUAUUUACAGAAAAAGUUAGAGAAUAUGAUCAACUUAGUAAAUUAGAUAAGUGGAAAACAACACUUCUUUUAAGAAUCAAGAAUUCCAUUAACGAAGAGCCCGAUCUGACAUAA